AUGGCUCUUAGUCACCGUGUUAAUGUCCCCAAAGACAACCCUGUUCUUGAGCCUGAGAAGAUUGAGAGCUUGGAGCAGCAUGUCGAAAGCGCCGCCUAUGUCGCUGUGGGUUUGACCGAGGAGGAGUCUGAAUUCCUCAAAAACUUCUCCGAGGAGAGAAGAAAGGCGGUUCUGCGCAAGGUUUACUUCGAGCUAAGACGUGACCGGCAGAUUGACUGGCGCUUAAUUCCGUUUCUCUCUGUGCUCUACCUUUUGGGCUAUCUUGAUCGUGCCAACAUUGCCAACGCCAAAAUUGAGGGCAUGCUGGAUGAUCUGGGGAUGGACGCUGUUCAGUACAAUAUUGCUGUGAGCACCUUCUUCAUCACAUACAUUAUCUUUGAACUUCCUAGCAACAUGGUUCUCGCACAUUUCAAGCGUCCUUCUUGGUACAUUGGAGCUAUCACCUGCUCUUGGGGACUUGUCAUGACUCUGACCGGUCUUGUGCAUAAUUUCGGCGGCUUGGUGGCCGCUCGAGUUGCGCUUGGUGUAGCUGAAGCUGGUUUCUUUCCCGGUGCUAUUUUCAUCAUUUCCCAGUGGUAUCUCCCCGCUGAGACUCAAUUCCGUGUUGCCCUCUUUUAUACCUCCAGUGCCCUCUCCGGAGCCUUCUCCGGUCUGCUGGCCUUUGCCAUUGCCAAGAUGGACGGUCUUGCCGGCGUGGCUGGCUGGCGUUGGAUCUUCAUCAUCGAGGGUAUAGCUUCUGUUAUCGCUGGUAUCUUAUGUUUCAGCUUCCUUCUGGACUCUCCUGUCCAGUCUGGCCGCUGGCUUGAUGCCGAUGAGAUUCGCUACCUCCAGCUGCGCCAGACUGCUCAGCAUGGCGUCACCCAGGCCAUCCGCGAACAAGAGAAGCAACGCAAGUGGAACAUACUUAGGAGCGUCAUCUGCGACUGGCACCUAUACCCCCUCAUCUUUAUCUACUGGGCCAAUGCUGCUCCUAACUAUGGUCUCAAAUUCUCCAUGCCCCAGCUCAUCAAGUCCAUGGGCUACACGUCUUCCGCCGCCCAACUGCUUACCAUCCCUCCUUAUACCGUGGGCGCAAUCUCUGCCCUGGUGUCCGGGGCGUAUGCUGAUAAGAUCAAGUGGCGCAUGCCCUUUGUCUGUGGACCUCUGACAGUGGUUGUCGUUGCAUACAGCAUUCUCUUCACCAAAGCAAACAAUCUGGCCGACAACAUCCCCCUGUGCUACUUUGCCAUCUGCCUUGCUUGCCUAGGGCUAUACCCCAUCGUGCCCACAGCCAACUCGUGGACGAUUGUCAACCUGGCCGGGCCAACCAAGAAGGCGCAGGGAGCCGCGUACAUGAUUGCAAUUGGAAAUAUCGGUGGUGUCAUUGGUUCCUACAUGUACCUCGACAAGGAGAGUCCCAAGUACCCUACCGGUUAUGGUCUGUCCUUUGGCUUCGCUGCUCUCGGUAUCAUCUCCGCUUUGAUCCUUGAAUGGGGCCUCUGGAGGACCAACAAGCGGCGAGCUAAGGUUUCAGAGACGGAAGUCCGCUCUAGGUACAACGAGGGGGAGCUUGCGCUGAUGGGCGACCGUUCCCCCUUGUUCCGCUAUAACCUCUAA